AUGCCUGGCUCAACAGCCAUCUCCACCAACUGGGCACCACCUGGUCCCUCGAGCCCGUCCAAUUCCUCCCGCGCAGGCAAACGCCGCCGCGACGACGACGACAUUGAUUCCGACAGUGCCGCUGCCGCAGCAGACCCUCGAGUCAUCGACCUGACCAAAGAUUUCUCCUCUCAGCCACAUGCAAACCACCAGCUCUCCCGCAAGCAGCGGCGGGUCGGCCCCUCCACCUCCUCCAUCCCGCACACCCUGCCAACGCAGCCCCACGAGGAGCUGCUCGCCGAGCUGGGCGGCCGCUAUGAUAUCCUCACAGCCUCAGUUAUCUCCUCGAGCAAGAUCAACAAAAAGGUCACGUCCGUGCUAGCGCACCUGGGUCACGUCGACCUGUACAACCCCGAGAACAAGCCAGGCGUCAUGAUGCUACAUGCGCGAGCGGGCGACGCGGGGAAGAUGGUCACGGUUAUGGAGCUUGCGAAGAGACGGAUGGGCGAGGAGGGCGUGGCGUGGUACCAGUACAACCGGGUCUAUGAGGUUGCUGGCGAGGCGAAUACGCGGGGCAGAGGCGGUCCCAGCUCCCGCAGGGCCGCACGAGGCGCCAACCAGACGAUAAUCGAGGAUACGGUGAUGGACGGUGCCGAGCGGGACGAUGAUGGGGAGGAGGAGGAUGAGGAGGAACAGGAAGCCUUCGAGCCCAUACAGACGGCCUUGGACGUGGCUAUCCGAGACAAACCUGCAACUGAGCCCAAGACCACCUACAUGAGUAUUUUCCUGUCACGGGUCCCGAUCCCUGAGCUGCAGGCAAAAACUUCCAUCACCCUGCAGACGAAUGCCAACGAGGUUGGCAGUGGUAAGGCGUGA